CUUUUUCACAAAAUCAGGUGACCAUUAUUAAUCAAAUCAUAAUAUCCAUUUUGUUGAAACUGUUGAUCGUAAGGAUCUACAGACUGAAUUAGCUUUGAUUUACCAUGGCUGAGAAACAACCAUAUCCUCCACCACAAAACCCACAAGGGCAGCCUCCACCCCCAGGGUAUGGUGCACCACCCCCACCAUACCAGGAACAAGCGUCGGGACCAGUGUAUGCAGGCCCACCUCCGAGUUACCCCAGUCAGAUGCAGCAUCAAGUAGUUGCCGGAGGGACAACUAUCAUUGUGCAGCAGGGCCCUACAAGACCGGCAGCUCCUCCUCCAAAACAAAAAAAAGGACUGUUUGGCUCUCUGAUGAAGGAAGUUGACAAGGUGGCCAGCACCGUUACCAAUGAAAUUAAUGAUCUUGUCGGUCAGAAUACAACCGGUGCCAUUCUGAAUCAGUUUCAGACUGGAAAUGUUGUUCAGCUAGUGUCAAGGACAAGUGGGCGGAGUCUUCAGGUUGUGGCGGCAGUUAAUGGACAGCUGGUAGUCGAUGGGGCGGGGCCAACCCAGGGCCAACCUCCCUUCAAUGCUGUUUGGACAGUAGUAGCUGAAGGCAAAAACCAGAUACGUCUCCAUAACAACAACAAUUUCUUGACUAUCAUCAACGGGCAAACUGCACUAAUAAACAUGCCUCCUGGUACUGUUCAGGGAAUUGAGACGAAGUUGCAGCUUCACCUGAUGUCUGGCCAGUACGUGAUCAUCGAGUCAAUGAAGGAGCAGGGCAGAUACGUCGGUGUGAUGCCGGACGGCAGCCUCAAACCAGCAUCGUCAACCGGCCGCGAGAUAAACUCGCACUUCGCAGUCAAACUAGUGUAUUCUCCUUACGCUGCUGUCACUUCAACCGUGCCACCUAAAUGAACAGCUUGAUCUCACCUCAGAAACAACCGCGCAGUUUAAACGCAGACACCACAGCUUUUACAGUGAACUAUGCAACUACCGUCCGAGUCGUUAUUCUACCUAAAUCUUUAACACGCAAUUAUUCAGGGCCAUAGUAACAGGGGAAACGUGUGUCUACUGACUUCACGCCCAAAACAUUUACCGUUUGUCCCACUCUAUUUAUCUUUAAAAUGUGCCUCCACUUCACAUGUCAUUCCUAUCAUCCUGUUAUUUGUAGUGUGUGUUUGGCAGAAGUUUGUACCUACCCUGUACUAACCCUGUACCUACCAGCCUUAUGUCCGAUGACUUAACCACGACAUUACUGAGGCCGGUUAGGAGAAGAAGAAGAAGUUUGUUUUGUUUAACGACACCACUAGAGCACAUUGAUUUAUUAACCA